ACUCUCACGACUCUCAACUGCGGCCUCGGCUCUCUCUCUCUCUCAACCUCCGUCAUCCCAGGUUUUAGUCGUUGUUUAAAAAUCGAAGGCAACAAUGUCGGGUGAAGAGCAGCCAGUUGCUGUAGAGACUCCUGCUCCUGCUCCUGCUCUUGGGGAGCCCAUGGACAUCAUGACUGCUUUGCAGUUGGUCUUGAGAAAAUCAUUGGCUCAUGGUGGCCUUGCUAGAGGCCUUCAUGAAGGUGCAAAAGUGAUUGAGAAGCAUGCUGCUCAGCUCUGUGUAUUGGCUGAGGACUGCAACCAGCCAGACUAUGUUAAACUAGUCAAAGCACUUUGUGCAGAUCACAACGUGAACUUGAUUUCUGUUCCUAGUGCCAAGACUCUUGGUGAAUGGGCUGGUUUGUGCAAGAUCGACUCCGAAGGGAAGGCAAGGAAGGUUGUGGGUUGCUCCUGCGUCGUUGUAAAGGAUUACGGAGAGGAAACGGAGGGUCUGCACAUUGUUCAAGAAUAUGUGAAAUCUCACUGAAAAAACUGGACGUUGUCUGGGAUUUUUUCCAAACAGAAAGCCUAGUUUCAGUUUGUUGUUAAAGAGCUUCUCUUAGAAAAGUUUUGUUAUUCAAUGAGAACCAAACUACCUUUUUGGAGCUUAACAGAUUUUGAUAAUUGAGAUGCCAAGAGUUGCUUCUUAUGUAUGUUUCACACUGCUACAGAUUGUGGCUCUUUAUUAGUGCAGCUUGUUUUUAAUCA